AUGACUUGGGAAUCAUCACUACUUUGGUUACUUGAUGAAUAUAGGCAAUCUAUUUCAUUUUUGCAAAAUGAUUGCACUGAAGAAUUUUUGACUUUUGUCAUUCAUCAAGAGCAAUGUCGUUUAAAAUGGAAAGAAUCCGUUUUGGAAUGCCAACGGUUAAAAAGUGAUAUAGAUUUAUGUAAUGAAAAAUUGCAGGAUUAUGAAAAAAAAUUAAAUAGGGCACGAUGUUUGUUAGAUGCUGAAAAGAAAAAAAGAUUAAAAGCUGAAAGUGAGAGAGAUGAAUUGCAAGAGCAAGUUACACAAAUUGAAGAAAUCUUAUCUACAGUGAGAUGUGCAGGAGAUAAAUUAGCUAAUGAAACAAAAGAAAAGCUUGACAAAUUUUUAAGCACCACUCAUUCAAAAUUGAAACCAAACACGGAUACACUCGGAUAUCAAUUGAACACAAUCGAUGAAAUAAAUAGUACUGGUUCACUUUUGUCUGAUCUUAGUUACACCAGAUCUGAAGAUUUUGAUUAUGAACCACAAACUGAAAAACCUCGUUCAAGAAAGCUUUUAAGAUCAACUUCACCGGAUAUAAAUGAAUUUCAAAUUAAUAAGAAACGAAAAUCUGCAUGGUCUCAAAAUCAGGUUAAUAAAAUAGAAAAAGUAUCAUCAGAACAACUCAUUGCCACAACAACUGUAACAGUUCCUAAACAAGGACCUAUAGUAGCGUGUUCCACUAUAGAAACAUAUCCACAGGCAUAUUAUAAAGACACCAAGCCUUCAGCUCCUCCGAAAUUAUCGUCGGACACUGACAGUGAAGUGACAGAAGCAAUUAAUUGUUUUUCCCAUAACUCAAAUCCAAUAUAUUCUAAAAACAAAUUGUUUAAUAGAAUUCAUUGUUUUCGAAAUAAAACUAAUUUGAAACCAUCAGAAGAAUGCAGCGUUUGCGUUAAAAAAAUAACUUUUGGAAACAAAAUGUUUUACUGUUCAGACUGCAGAGUUAUGGUACAUCCAGAAUGUAGAGACAAAGCUCCAAUGCCUUGUUUGGCUAUUGUUGCGACUCCCAGAGGAACUUCCGGCACUACAAUUGCCGAUUUUUGCAGCAGAACACCUCCAAUGGUUCCACCUCUAAUCGUUCACUGCGUAUUUGAAGUAGAAGCAAGAGGACUGGGUGAAGUUGGUAUUUAUAGAAUACCAGGAUCGGAAAAAGACGUUCGCGCUUUAAAAGAUCGAUUUCUUCGUGGCAAAGGAGUUUGUUCUCUUUCUGGAUAUGACAUUCACGUUGUUUGUGGUACGAUCAAAGACUUUCUUAGGAGUUUAAGUGAACCACUCGUUACUUUUUCCUUAUGGCCUGAAUUUAUUCGUGCAAGUGAAAAUGAAGAUGUGUCCGAAAGAACGUCGGCUUUGUAUCAAGCUGUUUCUCAACUACCUCAACCCAAUCGAGAUACUUUGGCUUUUAUGAUGCAACAUCUUCAAAAAGUCUCUCAAAGUCCUGAUUGUAAAAUGUCAAAAAGUAAUCUGGCAAAAGUAUUUGGACCGACUAUCGUGGGCUACUCAAGAAUCGAACCUGUGAGAAAUGAGAUGUAUGUUGAAACAGCACAGCAAUCACAGGUUAUCGAAUGUUUGCUGGACAUGCCCGGGGAAUAUUGGUAUAAUUUUGUAAACAAUGAACCAGAUGAAAAUAUUCAGCCAUCAACACCAGUAUUAUCAUUGGAUUAUCGUCGAUUAAAUCGUAAUAAAAAUAGAAAAGUUUUCAACACUCCUCCAGUUGCAAAAUAA